UUUGAGGGGAACAUUUAGCGUUUGAAAUGGUAACGGAAGAUGCGUCAGUUGGAGUUAAGAGACCUAUUCUUACUUUUAUAGUCCGAAAAGUUAAUUCAGGAAAAACGUGAUAGUCGGCGGCAAUAUUUUAGGAUGUGAGCGCGCUGCGUUCGUCCAAUCAUAAUUAUAUGAUCCAAUCAUUCAUUUAUAAUGACCCAGUUAAAUAUUUGUGAAAAGCCAUUUUAAGUAUCCUGCUGCUUCCAGUGAUCUGUUUGCUUGUUACUAUGGAGAACAGUAUACACAAACGCAGUUCUGACAACAGUCUUGCCUUGUGGUGGCUAACAGAUAGAUUAUGCCUACAAAUUCAGUGGUAACAGUUCGGUAUGGUCCAUAUGAGUCGUGUGGUAUUGUCGAGCACAGAACAUUUCGCCUGGACGGUUUACAAGCGGUCCUAAAAGAAGAUGGCCACCAGUGUGUCCUCGAGAAAACAGAUUACUGGAAUAUAGUAGAGCUCAUUGUCAAUGGAGAGUGCGUGUACACGUGCAACAUUACUGACCUUGAGUUUGGGGGUGAUGGACGACUUGAUCCGCGGUGCCUGGAGGCCAUUGACGCAGUGAGGAACGCGUAUUGAACGCCAUGUGUAUACUGAAUACUGCGCAGUAUACUUUAAAAUAGUGGCUAUGAAUGAAAAAGCUCACUGCUUGCGCAUUAUAAACUGUGUGCUUCAUAUUAUGUUAGUAAAUGGCAGAAUUGAACACUGUGCAGUAUACCUAUAGCCUACUAUUUUUAAAAUAUUCCAGACAUAGUCAAUGUCUUUAAAUCUAGUGAGCUAAGUAAUUCAACUUUAGCAUUUUUGGCAUGAGUCCACUAAUGGUGUCCUGCUGUAAAGGAAGGCAGCACGCACCCUGUGGAGAAACCUCUCAUAUAUGUGCACAGGUAUAUGAUAAAUGAUAAAAAACCAAGCAAACAUCCAUCGUUUGUCACUGACUCACAGUUUAUUGCAUUAUUGCUGAGAAACGUCUAUCAUUCAUCACAAUCUACCACAGUGAAUUAAAUUUAUGAUCUUUUUUCCCCCAUGA